UUGGUUCCCUCCUUUCUGCUGCCAGUAAUUUUUAUUUUUUCUCUUGCUUAGCUUUGCAAACCAGAAACCCUAACCACCACCUCUCAGUUUCAACCUUCGUGCUUGCGACUAUCAGAUCCGUAUGUAGCAGCUGAGUCCUCAUCAAUUCUAGAGUUUAGUUCUUCAAUUUCAUUUAACAGAACACUUCGAAUCGUCUUUAAAUUCAUAUCUGUUAUUACAAUUCAUUAAAUCCUAAAAUGUCAUUCGACGAAGAGGAAGCAUUUGAACACACCCUAUUGGUUGUUCGUGAAGUAUCUGUAUACAAAAUCCCUGCUAGAAGUACUAGUGGAGGAUAUAAAUGUGGUGAAUGGUUACAAUCAGAUAAGAUCUGGACAGGUCGUCUUCGUGUAGUUUCAUGUAAAGAAAGAUGUGAGAUUCGUCUUGAAGAUCCUAAUUCAGGAGAACUUUUUGCUGCUUGCUUUGUUCUACCUGGUCAAAGAGAAAAUUCAGUUGAAACUGUUCUUGAUUCGUCACGUUACUUUGUUUUAAAGAUUGAAGAUGGAAGUGGGAAACAUGCUUUUGUCGGGUUAGGAUUUACCGAAAGAAAUGAAGCAUUUGAUUUCAAUGUUGCACUUUCUGAUCAUGAGAAGUAUGUUAAGAGAGAUACUGAUAAGGAAGAAGGUGAAUCUAGUGAUGAUCAUAUUGAUAUUCAUCCUGCUGUGAAUCAUAGAUUGAAGGAAGGUGAAACUAUUCGGAUAAAUGUUAAGAACAAACCUGCUAGUGGAACUGGCAUGCUUUCGGCUGCUGGGUUGUCUGGUGGUGGUUCUGCUGCCAUUGCAAAGCCUAAACCUCUUGGCCUUGCACCACCACCUACUGGAGCUGGAAAGAUUAGGUCACCACUGCCACCGCCACCUAAUGAUCCUGUUGCUGCUCGCUUGACUUCUGGCGGUGCUGUACUCAAGAGUCCUAAGCCUGCUGCUGAUCCUCUAUCUGAUCUUUCUCAAGUCAGAAGAAACCUACCUUCGCCAACUGGUACUGAAUCCACAAAGAACUCUGCAGCCGGAUGGGCGGCAUUUUAGAUCCGUAAGUUGAGUUACAUUUUUCAAACUGUUAUCCUUGUGUUUGUUAUCUCUUUUCAUUUAGGGAAAACUGAAGGAAGAAAAAUAAUAUCUAGGUUAUCAGUUCAACAACAACAACAAAAAUGGCUAUCAUAAAUUUGAGUUUUGUCUUUGCUGUUCUUUUUUCAACAGAUGCUUCAAGAAAUGUGUUGAUUGUACUUCUUAAUGUGAAUUUAGAUGCCUUAUUAUCACAUUGAGGAGAUAUAUCCAAGCCUUUUACAGGUUUAUUAGUUGUUCGUGUUUCAUCGCAUCGCACAGAGCUAAGGUGUCUGAUUGGUGGCUAGUUGUUAUUCUACCAACUUGUAUGAGUCUUUAGUUCCAUAUUCAAUAAAAUUUUAUUUUCUUGUUCAAAACAAAAAGAAACUAGAAAACUUACUACA